AUGGAUUGCAAGGAAUGCCCCACGGUUCUAGAGAAAUCGAUGCCUAUUCCACCUCCAUUGCCUAAAUUCAACUCCAGAUUGCAUCACAAAGGUUUGGUAAGAACCAAAUCAAACAUUACAGGAGAAAAUCAUUUAUCUCCCCCAGCCGCAACCGCCGGAAAUUGUUUACUGGACCGUCUCUUCGAUGAAGCUUAUCGAGCAGAUGUUUCGAUUCAAACAGAUGGUGGCGGUGUGAUCUACGCCCACGCGAGCAUUCUCGGGAUUUCUUCUCCAGUCUUCGAAGCUAUGUUGAAGAGAUCAAACCGGUGGGAUCGCAGGCGGCGAUCGAUUCCUAUUCACGGUGUUCCCCCAGAGGCUGUUUGCAUUUUCAUUAGAUAUUUAUACUCAUCCUGCUAUGAAGAAGAAAACAUGAAGGAAUUUGCACUACCUUUGCUUGUUCUGUCCCACGUCUAUGCCGUCCCUAAGCUAAAGCAGUUAUGCGAGUGGUGGCUCGAGCACAAAUGGAUGACGACAGAGAAUGCAGUCGACAUAUUCCAACUCUCGUUGCUGUGCGACUCGCCUCGCCUCAGCCUAAUGUGCCAUCGUUUCAUCCUGUCAAAUUUGAAGGCAGUUUGUGCCUCGGACGGAUGGAGGGACAUGAAGGAGAGCCAUCCGGUGCUGGAAAAGGAGAUUCGCGAAUCAAUUAUCCAUCAAGAAGCUAGGCGAAAGGAACGGAUAAGAAAGAUGAACGAGAGGAAGAUAUACAUACAGCUAUACGAAGCAAUGGAAGCUCUAGUCCACAUAUGCAGGGACGGCUGUCGAACCAUAGGCCCCCACGACAAAAUUCUGCAAGCCGAUCAAGCCCCAUGUCAGUACUCAGCUUGCAAGGGGCUCGAAACACUCAUUCGACACUUUGCAGGGUGUAAAUUAAGAGGCCCUGGUGGCUGCUCCCAUUGCAAGAGAAUGUGGCAAAUUUUGGAGCUGCACUCUCGAAUCUGCGCUGAACCAGACACCUGCAGAGUGCCGUUGUGCCGGAACUUCAGGCAGAAGAGAUGCAAGCAAAGCAAGAAAGAGGAAUUCAGGUGGAGAACUUUGGUGAAGAAGAUAGUGAGAUCAAGAAGUAUUACAGGAGCCCCAAUUUUUUCACUUGGAUCAUGGGAUCAUCAGCCUAAUGCAAAUUAAUUAAACCUGGUAGUAGUUCUUCUCAAUGUAGACACAAUUACAUACAAAAAUUCUUUCAUUGUACUUUAGAGAUUGGUGCCAAGAAAAAUCAAGGGCUCGUUAUGUAAAUGAGAGAGAGAGGGAAAUAGCAGAAGAAGACAAAGGAGAAUGAAGAAGAAGACCAUUAGUUCAUUGUCCCCUAAAUUGCAGUUUUGUGUUCUUGUUCUUGUUUUUUUGUUUCUUCCUAUUGUAUAGUUGGCUUCAUAAGAGACACAAUUUGGUCUCUUGCCUCCUCUGUAUAAUCAGGACAGCUUAGUUAGUGUUGAUCGAAGAAAGAUUGUAAUGUUUGAACAAUUAUUCAGUCUAAAGAAAGAACUUUGUAUCUA